AGGAGGCAGCGCGCGAGUCUCGUCCGGACAGUGCGCCGCCGCCGCCCGCAGCAGCCCCGACCCGGACUCGUGUACUGCUUUCUGCUCUGAUUCUCUCUGCUUGAUUCGGAGAUUUUGGGAGGAGCCGCUGGAGCUUGCGCACUGCUUCAUGCAGUCACAGUAAGUGUUCUGGGUCAUGAAACUUAAUCCACAGCAAGCUCCAUUAUAUGGUGACAGCAUUAUUACAGUGCUGCUGACUGAAGAAGACAAACUUGAAGACGAUGUAGAUUUUUACUUGGUGUUUACUGGGUCCGCUAUCCAACACUGCACAAGCACUAGAAAGGUUAAUCCUGGAACGCUGGAGACUAUUGCUCCUGGCCAUGACUGCUGCGAGACGGUGAAAGUGGAGCUUUGUGCCUCCAAGGAAGGACUUCCUAUUCUGGUGGUGGCAGAGGACAGGUUUCAGUUCAUUCAGGAUGAGGCCUACGAUGCAGCUCAGUUCCUAGCAACUUGUGCUGGGAAUCAGCAAGCACUGAACUUCACAAGAUUCCUGGAUCGGUCAAGGCCGCCCUCUGGGGACCUGAAUUUUCUGGAUGAGAAAGUGGCUUUGGCAUUUCGACAUCUGAAAUUGCCAGCAGAAUGGAAUGUGCUAGGAGCGGAUCAGACUCUGAACGAGAAUAUUCCCCGGGAGACACUGUUGCAUUUUUCAGUGAGGCUAGGUCUGCAGCGGUUGACGUGGUUUCUGUUACAGCAGCCAGGUGGAAGAGGAGCUCUCUGCAUCCGCAACAAUGAAGGAGCUACGCCUGUGACUCUGGCCUUGGAGAGGGGCUAUCAGAAGUUGCAUCAGCUUUUGACAGAGUAAGGAUGAUUUCCUCAG